AUGCCCCGGGGCUUCCUGGUCAAGCGCAGCCGGAGAGGCUGCCACCGGUCCUUCCCGGCCCCGGAGAAGCCCCCGGGCCCCCUUCCCCGGGCCCUGCCUCCGCCUCCGCCUCCGCCGCUGCCUUUCCCCCCGCAGCCGCCCCCGAAGAGGCCCCUUCCUCCUCCUCCUCCUCCUCGGAGCAAGGCGCCGCUCCCCAAGAAGCAAAAGUCGGGGUCCGCCGCGCGGAGGCUGAGCUUCGCCGACGAAGUCACCACUUCCCCGGUGCUGGGGCUGCGGAUCAAGGCGGCGUCGGAGGAGGAGGAGGGCGGCCGGGGGAGGGCCCCUGGGCCUUCUUCUUCUUCUCUGCUGCUGGGGGGCCAGUUCGUGUGCCAGCUCUGCAAGGAGCCCUACGGAGACCCCUUGGCCCUGGCCCAGCACCGCUGCUCCCGCAUCGUCCGCGUCGAGUACCGCUGCCCCGAGUGCCACAAGGUCUUCAGCUGCCCGGCCAACCUGGCCUCCCACCGCCGCUGGCACAAGCCCAGGCCCCUGGCUGGGGCCGCCACCCCGGGCAAGGAGAACGGGGCCCAGCAGCCGGGAGCAGCGGAGGGCGCCUGCUGCAAGGACCCUGCCUCCUGCCCCGAGGCCUCCUCCCUCCAGGGCUCUUCGCCCUCCCCGUCCUCCUCCGUCGGGGAGCUCUUCCUCUGCCCCUACUGCCGCAAGGCCUUCCGCCGCCAAGCCUACCUGCGCAAGCACCUGGGCACCCACCAGCCCGGCCCCCCGCCCGGCCCCCCGCAGCCCCUGGGCUUCCCCUGCCCCUUCUGCGGGGCGCCCUUCCCCUCCGCCGACCUCCGCGACAAGCACCGCCUCUGGCACGCCGCCGCCGCCGCCGCCGCCGUCCGGGAGGAGCUGCUGCUGCCCCUCGGAGGAAGAGGAGCCCAGGCCCAGCAGCCCCCGGGGGAGACCGCCGGAGGAGCCCAGCCCGUCCAGCUGCAGCAGCCGCAGCAGAUCUUCUCCUGCAAGCACUGCCCCGCCACCUUCUUCAGCUCCCCGGGACUCACCCGCCACAUCAACAAGUGCCACCCCUCCGAGAACAGGCAGGUCCUCCUCUUGCAGAUGCCCCUCCGGCCGGGAUGCUAGGCUGCCAGAAGCCCAGGCAAGGACUGGCCGGGAGCCCCCUCGACUGGAAGCCUCCCUUCGCCUUCGCCUUCGCCGCCCGAGGACCCUUCAGGCUGCAGCCACACUGGAGAAAUCACCCGGUUUGGCACCGCUUUGACUCUUUGCUAUGGAAUUCUGGGAGUUGG